AAAAGAAAGAAAGAAAGAGGCACCAGAUAGAUCUUGCCACUUCAGCUUCUCACACGUCGAAAUAAUCAAAUUUCCCCUCUUUCUUUCUGUUAAUUUUUUUUCUACUUCCCUUCAUUCACCACUCGGAUUCCAUUUUUGACAAAAAAAAUUUACAAGCCACUGCAACUACAAUAAUCGAUCAUUCUUCUAUCUCCGUUCAGAUCUUACUUCAUCGGCGACCAAAUCGUGUGGCUAUCCUACUCAACCUGCAGUGGCCAUGGCUCCACCGCAGUCUCAGCGAUCUCCAUCGCCCUCUCAACCAUCAGGGAAGAGUGAAGUGUCCGAUUUGAAAUUACAGCUCCGGCAGCUGGCUGGGAGCCGAGCUCCGGGUACUGAUGAUUUGAAGAGGGAUCUCUUCAAGAAGGUGAUAUCCAACAUGACUAUAGGCAUUGAUGUAUCGUCUCUCUUUGGGGAGAUGGUGAUGUGCUCAGCAACAUCAGAUAUUGUUCUGAAAAAGAUGUGCUACCUGUAUGUUGGGAACUAUGCCAAGGGCAACCCUGAACUCGCUCUUUUGACAAUUAAUUUUCUGCAAAGAGAUUGCAAGGACAUGGAUCCGAUGAUUCGGGGACUAGCACUGAGGAGUCUGUGUACACUCCGAGUGGAAAACUUGGUGGAGUAUUUGGUUGGGCCAUUAGGGUCUGGGUUGAAGGACAAUAAUAGUUAUGUCAGGAUGGUGGCGGUUAUUGGGGUUUUGAAACUAUAUCAUAUAUCAGCUUCCACUUGCAUCGAUGCAGAUUUUCCAGCAACGCUGAAGCAUUUGAUGCUUAAUGACCCAGAUACUCAGGUAGUUGCAAAUUGUCUGUCUGCUUUACAAGAAAUCUGGACCUUAGAGUCAGGCUCGUCAGAGGAAGCAGCCAGAGAGAGAGAAGCUGUGCAUAGCAAGCCAGUUAUAUAUUAUCUUUUGAAUCGCAUUAAGGAAUUUAGUGAAUGGUCUCAAUGUGUUGUGCUUGAAUUGGUGGCCAAGUAUGUUCCAUCAGAUAACAGUGAAAUAUUUGAUAUAAUGAAUCUCCUUGAAGAUAGACUCCAGCAUGCAAACGGUGCUGUUGUCUUGGCAACUACAAAAGUAUUUCUACAUUUGACUUUAUCUAUGGCUGAUGUUCACCAGCAGGUUUAUGAGCGUAUCAAAGCCCCUCUGUUAACUCAAGUGAGCUCAGGAAGUCCAGAACAAUCUUAUGCAAUUUUAAGCCACCUACAUCUUUUGGUCAUGCGUGCACCUUAUAUAUUUUCCUCAGAUUACAAACAUUUCUAUUGCCAGUAUAAUGAGCCAUCAUAUGUCAAAAAGUUGAAGCUUGAAAUGCUGACAGCAGUUGCAAAUGAAAGUAACACCUAUGAGAUAGUGACAGAAUUAUGUGAAUAUGCUGCAAAUGUUGACAUUCCAAUUGCAAGGGAAUCAAUACGGGCUGUUGGAAAGAUAGCAUUGCAACAGUAUGAUGUCAACGCUAUUGUUGACCGUCUUCUACAGUUUCUUGAGAUGGAAAAGGACUAUGUUACUGCUGAAGCUCUGGUGCUUGUGAAAGAUCUGUUGAGAAAAUAUCCACAAUGGAGUCAAGAUUGUAUUGCUGUUGUUGGGAAUAUCAGUAGCAAAAAUGUCCAAGAACCCAAGGCUAAGGCAGCUCUCAUAUGGAUGCUGGGGGAAUAUUCUCAAGACAUGAAUGAUGCUCCAUAUGUAUUGGAGAGCCUUGUUGAAAAUUGGGACGAGGAGCAUUCUGCUGAGGUUCGCUUACAUCUUCUUACUGCAGUUAUGAAGUGUUUCUUUAAGAGACCCCCUGAGACUCAGAAAGCAUUAGGAGCUGCACUAGCUGCUGGUCUUGCUGACUUUCACCAGGAUGUUCAUGAUAGGGCCUUAUUUUAUUACAGGCUUCUGCAAUACAAAGUGUCAGUGGCAGAAAGCGUGGUGAAUCCCCCAAAGCAAGCAGUUUCAGUAUUUGCUGAUACUCAGAACAGUGAAGUCAAAGAUCGCAUAUUUGAUGAAUUCAACAGUUUGUCUGUUGUAUACCAAAAGCCUUCUUAUAUGUUCACUGAUAAGGAACACCGAGGGAUACUUGAAUUUUCAGAUGAACUUGGAAAUCUAUCUAUUAGUGUAGAAUCUGGAGAUUCUGUUGUUCCAGCUCAGAGGGUGGAGGAAAAUGACAAGGAUCUGCUUCUAAGUACCACAGAAAAAGAUGAAGUUAGAGAUCCCGGUAGCAAUGGUUCUGCCUAUAAUGCUCCUUCCUAUGAUGCUGCUAUUUCACAACCGCUUGCAGAUUUGGCAUUACCAAGUACUGGCUUAACUGGGCAAGCUCCAGCAUCUAGCUUGGCAAUUGAUGAUCUGCUUGGUUUAGGUUUUCCAGUUGGGACUGCAGCCACACCUUCACCUCCUCCAUUGAACCUCAACCCAAAAGCAGUAUUGGAUCCUGGCACAUUUCAGCAGAAAUGGCGUCAACUGCCAAUAUCCUUAUCAGAGGAAUAUUCUUUAAGUCCUCAAGGAAUUGUGUCGUUGACAGCUCCCAAUGCACUCCUCCGACACAUGCAAAGUCAUUCAAUACAGUGCAUUGCCUCCGGUCGUCAGUCGCCUAACUUCAAGUUCUUUUUCUUUGCUCAAAAAGCGGACGAAGCAUCAGUGUACCUUGUAGAGUGUAUAAUCAACACAUCAUCGGGCAAGUCGCAGAUUAAUAUAAAAGCUGAUGAUCAAAGUUCUUCCCAGGCAUUCUCAACUUUAUUCCAAUCAGCCUUGUCCAAAUUUGGUUUGCCUUGAAACUUGAUGCUGCAUCCUUUUGUACUGUGGAGUAGGCAGUCAUGAAAUUUUGGAAUCCCUGCUUGAAUAUAUAAAAAACGGUGAUAGAUAUUGGGUCCACAUCCUUUCCCCUUCAAGAAAAGGGGGAAAUCAGGUCAGUGUAUAAGCAGAGGGAUUCCAUUGGCUAAAAGAUUUUGUAGUUGUUUUAUAUCCGAUCCAACGUGGUGAUUCAUUGGAAGAUAUUCAGUUUGAAAAACUGAGUCUGGUUUGCAAGUUUGUAGAGGUUUUAUGUUGAUUUUCGGACAUUUAUCCAAGCGUUUACAGAAAUGUGGAAUUUAACUCAUUAACAAUUGACUGCUGAUUGGAAAUCUAUAAUAAUGCUUGAUGCCUGUAGUGUUGCCACUUCUGUGUUGGCAGUAGGUAAUUUUUUAAGAGGGCCAUCUAUUUCAAUUCUGCUGUUAAACGAA